AUUUGACUUACCACCACCACCGUUUUCAUCAAUUUCUUAUCUUUACCCUUUCCCUUCCCCUUCUUCAACACACACACAAUAUCUCUUCCAAUUUUCUCCUCCAAUUUCAAUUUCUCGUCGUCCCUCAUUAUGGCUCGUCUCUCGAUCGUCGCCAUCGUCGCCGCCGUGCUCCUCCUGGCCCUCUCCGCCACCCCCGCGACGGCGCGUCCCUGCAGGAGCUUCAUAAUCUCCUCCUACUCCUUCCGCAACCCUAACUCCAACACGUUCGCCACCAUCACCGAGAUCCGAUCCUUCACCCCUCUCUACAUCACCGACAAACCCCCCUCCUAUGCCCUUUUCUUCCCCCACGCGACUCAGCUCCCUCAGCAUGAGAGCGUGCGCCCACGCGCCCCUCUAGGGUUCGCCUCCGCCUACGAUUUCUCUUCCCUCCGCGACCGCACCAAGGACAUCCUCAGCGUCGCCCUAGCCCUCCUCUUCGGCGUCGGCUGCGGCGCCCUCACCGCCGCCACCAUGUACCUCGUCUGGUCCGUCUUCUCCACGCGCCACCGUGCCUCCUCCUUCGACGACUUCUCCUCCGACGAUGAAGACGAGAUCGAGAGCCCCAAGAAGCUUGGCUACGUCAAGAUUCCGGCCAUUGAGACCACUACCGCCGUCGCCCCCGCAGCUCCGGCUCCAGCCAAGGGUUCGGUAUGAGAAUGUCUCCGACUCCGUAACGGUGUGGCUUAUGUGGAUUGUUAAUAAUUAUUAUUAUAGGUGAAAUUGAAUAGUGAAAAUGUCAAAUGGUGCAAACUUUUGCCCUGUAUCUGUGUUUAUGUUUACUUUCUUAAUUUGAUGUAUUUGCGUUUAUCUUAAUUCUAAUUGCCAAACCCUGGCGCUUAUUAUUAUUGUGUUGAUUUUCUUUGUUGAUU